UACUUGACGGAUAUGAUGACGUCCACGUCUCUCAUUACAGUGUUUUUUGGGGCUGGGUUACUUUUCCUUUCCACUGUAAGGGCCCAAGAGUUACUUGGACAACCUCCUCCGUUUUAUAAUGGUUCGUUUCGGGCUAUUGGUGAAAUCAUCCGGAUGAGGCCGGCUGAGGAUUCGGCCUUCAGCGUCAAAGAAGUGCUGUUCUUCGAGGAGAUUUACGACAGCACGAAUCUCAAAGCGGUACUCAGAAUUCACUCAUCUAAAGAGACGUUCACCUACUUUCAAGACAUCGAGACAAGACAGACAUUUCUUCAUACAUCAUCAGCGCACAAUGCGACAUGCAACCUCAUUAAGACGAGCAGCGAUAUAUUCGGUCCGCUGGAGACAAAGGAAGGAUGGCACUACUUCUACCUGAGGGAUCUUCUCACGUCCAGUAACUGGAGCACGACACCUGAUGAAGCCCACUAUCCAGCACGUAACAUGUCCUGCAACGUGUGGGUAGCAGAGACCGAGCGGAAAGGCAGGCCUCUGAUCAUCGCCAUGGCAGUAAACUCACGUUCAUGGGGCUCUACCACCUGGACCAUACGGGCACCUGUGUCUGUUCGUACACGGUAUACCAACAGUGAAGAUGACGACGAGAUUGAAAUUAACAUAUUCGACUUCGGUGCCUUUGGAGACAAUAUCCACGACGACCUUUUACAGCUUCCAGACGGUGUCUUCUGCGGCGGUUACAAGAAAGCCGUCUCUCUGCCUCCGCUUCGAGAUAUGAGGAUCUUCAACUACCACGUGGAAAUGACGUCACUACGCUACAAUGCCACGCAUUACAGUGACGUUUGGGUCGAUCUAGACCGUAUGCUGUACAGAAUAGAUUACGAGCCUAUAGAGGGCAACGUCACACGGCGGAGGAGAACACUUAUCGCAUCUGGAAACGAAGAUGCAAUCUAUCAGAUUACUGAGAAGAAAAACGUACGUUGCAAGGUUAGAAGCAUACUUAACUUGAAAUUCGACGUGCAAAUGAUCGCUGAUCCAAGUUACAUCAGACACAUGACACCGGCUACAAUUUUCAGUGGUGAUGAUCACGACAUAAAACUGACGUACAAGAAACAGACGGUGAAACGAGGAAUCCCGUGCCACAUGUGGGAAGUGGUGCGCUCAGACUGGCCGCCCGAGUCAGAGGGCAUCUCCACCCUGUGGGAAUGGUGCUUCGUCGUGCCCAAAGGGGAAGAGGGAAAGCGUACAUCUGGCAACACCUAUAUGGUGAGCCUUGAUAUAACGGUGCUUCAGGUUCCGAGUGAGAGCGAAAACUCCUUGUCCCUUGAAGAGGGUACACGGUUAAGCUACAACUUCUACGACUCGUUCAAGAACCCACCGGAACUCAUCGAUUUGCAUGGCUUCGACAUUUCGCCCUGCUACAAGGACAACGAUUCGGUGGAUGCCUAUCUCGAAGUGAAACUAUCAUCCUCGGACUACUCCACGCUUUCUUCAAUUUCUACGCUCAGCGACCCUACGUUUUUGUCUGCUUGGCGUAAGGCACUCGAUCAGGCUUCUUCUCUCUCAGACCACUCACUGCGCGUCACUCGAGUCAAAGGGUAUUUUUCGGAAGGUGACACGCUGUUUGUCACGUUCGUCUUGCUGGACCGAUUUCCUGCUGAUGCGAAAGUAGAAAUUGAGGACACGCAAGUCGACUUACAAGGCAUGCAAGAUAACCUGAACAAAUCCAUCAGCGAAGGCAGCCUUGGAAUAAUCUAUAAAGGAGGAAGCAUCUUCGAGCAGCGAACGAGCGAGUUCUCGAAAACGAUAGGACGACGGAUACAAGUGUUCAGCUCCGGGGGAGGGAUGUUCUCAUCACACAACAAGCUUCACAUGGCUGAGAACAUCAUGAAGGACGUGAAGAAGUAUGCCGACAUGGACAUUGAUGAACUUCUGUCCAAGCUGUCUCCGGAAGAACUGGAGCAACUUGGCAACAUGGUGGACCCAGACGAUUCGCUAAUACCUCCAUCGGAACGAUGUCGGACGCAAACCAAGAAGAAGCCAACGGGUCCCUUGAACCGACGCCACCUGCUGCAGUUCCUCGAAAAGUUUGCCCGGGAGCAGGAAGACUGGCCCGAAGCUAAGCCAUUCCAGGCGGGAGCAAAGCGAGGCAAGGUCUUUGUUCCUCGUGUCCAGCCAAAGCCCAAACAAGACGACGAUGUAGAAGUUGAGCUGGACAUUGGCGAAGACUACGAGAAGGCGCUCAACACAGCAAAUGAGUCGGAGCUGGUGGACCUGGCAGCCAUUCUUGGUCUGCACAGCAUGCUCAGUCAGGACCAGUACCACAAUUCUGUGACCAAUCGGAGACAGAGACCAGGCACAGGAUUUGAUUCCCUGGUGAAGGCGUCCAUGCCCAAGCCCAUGCCAAUGGAGCCAGACAAUGACACCAACACCCACCAAACUGCCGAGAAAGUGGCUGCCAAUGAUCCGUCCCUGAAAACGCUCAACUGGAACAACAUCAAGAAUAUCCGAAGAGACGACUUCAAGAAGCUCUUUGAAGGUCUCAAGAAGAAUACGAACCUCGAGUCCCUCUCCUUAGCAAACACUGAUCUCACUGACAGCUUAGUCAAGCGCCUCAUUGAAGCAGUGCGGCAAAACAAGACAUUGAAGUCUCUCAACGUGGAGUCCAACUACAUCAGCGGACCCGUCAUCAAGGACCUGGUCGAAGCCUCCAACAAUCAGCAAUCUCUAGAGGAACUCAGGGCAUCUAACCAGAGGCCCUCGAUUCUUGGUAACAAGAUUGAGAUGGAGAUUGCACGACUGGUGGAGAAGAAUCGUACCCUGUUACGGCUGGGCAUCUCAUUUGACGUUCCCGAUGCACGGAUGAGGGUAACGCAACACCUGCAGAACAACUAUGACCGCUUGCGGCUGCGGCGCACCGCUUCAGGAGCACAGCUCAACAGCACCUGAGCGUCUUGAAGUCGUCAUGUCUUUCUUGGCUUAAAUGUUAUUAUUUUUUUUUGUAAACUUUAUAUCCUAGAGGCAGAGGGCAGAAGAGCUGCUGCCCUAUGAUGCCACAGCUGUGGAGUUUCGUGCAAACAUAUGACAAAGAUAGUGGGGCGUGCACCAGGGUGUGGAUUAACUUUGUGAAGGAUGACGUUAGGCUACAUUUAUUUCAGUGUUCUUGUAAGCAACAAAGAAGCACUUGACACACCAAGAAGGCGGGAGCAUUCGCUGUUGUUAUGCAUAUGAACUGAUGCGAGAACCUGUGCAAGCGCGUUCGAAGCAAGCUUUAUUAAGAGCCAUACUCUUACCAUUCCCCCGUUUGUUGGCUCUCCUCCCACAAGCCACGGUUCCUGAUUUCCUUUCAGGAAUUCUUGUAUGAAACUCCACAGCAGUGUCGUCAAAUUUUUUUUUUUUUGUAAUGAUGCAUGCGAGUGUGUGUUGCACCUACUGCUGCCACCCCUCAAUUGCGACACACUGUGUACAGCCAAAGUUGAGAAAGCAGCAAAUCUAUCCCAAGAUGCAUUUUCCUAUCUUUCCUGUCUUUUCCCAUCUCGCCCAAAAGGAAUGCCACCUCGUCGCAACACUUAGUUAAAAAGGAUUCAUUUGGUGUUUGUGGCUGGUGAAAACUAGAUGCAAUUUUGUCUUUCAUUACCUGCUUAAUUUUAAACAAGAAUUUCAAUAGCUGCUUCUUUGUCCGGCAAAGAAGCGAGCCAGAUCUGGAAUAAACAAGAGUUACGGUGAAGUCAUCUUCCUCAGACCGCACAUUCACAGCCUGUUUGAUUGGUACCACCUGGCACAUGCAGACCUGAUGGUGUUUUUUUUUUUAAGUUAUCAGCUGCACACCGCAUCUCUUACUGCUCUCGCUUACCGCUAUCCAUGCAGUCAGCAAGCUUGUUGUGUUACCACCUCAUUCAAAGAAAAGCUGUUUCUUCACAGUCCAGCUAGGCAUGUUGUUUCUGACAUCACUGAACAGCGUCCAUAUCCUCAGUCAGCUACCUUGGGGAAGAUUGCAUUUAUUGUGCCUUGAUCAGUUGGCCAUAAGCUAACAGAGUCAGACACCCCAAAAGGAAUGGUGCGUUAUUUUUGCAUGCUGCAUUGGACAUUAAGUUACAUGAAGGACACCUUCCCUAAAAGGCAUCGAUUGAGAAUAUGGCCUCUGGUAUAAUGCUGGACUUCUUGUAAGUGCGACUUAUCUGUGCAUUGCACGUUUGUCUGCUGAAAUUAUGUUUGCGGUAUAUGGAACAUACCAGCUAUAUGCCAUGUGUUGUUGGAAGGUAGUGACAAUUGAGAGGCGCUGGAAGAGAGUGUAGGAAAUGUUGCGUCGCUGUUCUAAUUGCUGCCUUUGAUGGUGUUUCCUGUCCGCUGUAGAGGUGCUGCUCGAAGUCCCGUGUAGACUGCACAGAGAUAAUUGUACAUUCUUCACAUAAACAAUCAUUGUCACGCAUGUUAUUUUCGCACAGUGGUGUGUGUGUGUGUGUAUGCUCUACAAUUUCAUGUCCACCUUUAGGGCAACAAACCAGUGUUUUUCUUUGUUAGAGUCUUUUCCUCGCACCUCCAGUUUGUAGGAGGUGAAGGCAUUGUGUCAUCAUCAUUUUGCUGUCUCACCGAAGCGGCCACAUGCACAGUAUGCCGCUUGCAUUACCACAAGUUGCAGUCCCGGCCAUGAUGCUUUUCUUGCUCUUGCACUGCCCUCAGUACACUUUACGGUGUCUUGGUUUAAUUACAUUGCACGCUGUCUGGUUAUCAAACUUCUUCGCUGCUUUGAGAAGAAGUGCAAGUUACUUGAAUCUGUGGAUGUGGCAGAAGUUUCACCGGAAGUAAAUGUGUGCCACAGGCAGCUUCGUUUGUAAGCUGGUGACAUUUUGUUCGCGUAUGGUAGCGGUGUGCUGAGCCAAAUUGCUAUUUGUAAGGAGUUGGUGCUUCGUGAUGCCAAAGCAUUUACUGCAUGACCAUAUAUACUAUUGCACUCAGUAUGGGUUGCAAAAAAAUGUGAACCUGCCACUUCGUCUGACGAAAAAUGACCCGCAUCAUUUCUAUUAUAUAUGGGGUGCUACUAGCGAUUGGAACAGCACUUAGUUAACAACUGUUUCGUGUACGGGCACUGCCACGCAAUCUCCAAGUGUUUCGGCGGCUCCCCUUUUGCAGUUCAUAUCGAGUACAGUAGCAUAUGCCUGCAUCUUGCAGCUUGGUGUUAAAAUCAGCCCCUCUGUCUUGAGACUAGCAGAUCCUUUAUGAACCUAUGUGCUCAAAGGUGAAGUUUGUCACAUGUGUGCAGUUCUGCAAGUGAAGCACAGUGUCAUUUCAUGCGUCCACAUUAUUAUUCAGUAAGCUGUAUAUAAAUGCAAUAUCCCUUUCCGUUGCGAUUUCAAAUGGCCUUUUUUUUUUAUUUUUACGUUGACAGACACGGGAGAGUCCAUCUGCAUUUCAGCAACUCAGGCUCGUUACAUGAGCAGAAGCGUCAUUUGUGACGUCAUUGGUAAAGUGGCACAUUUUUGUCAACCCUGACUGCAAUGGUAGUGAUACUGGCAAAAUAGUGAGAACCGCAAGUGGCAAGUGGCAUGGCGUAGGUUGCCAGCCUCCCAGUGACAUGGGCCACCUAUUGACACUGGCGAAACAGUGGUACUUGUGCACUGCCAGACAACGCCUUGCCUGUCAUUCAAGUCGUAUGACAGCGGCAUAACGUCAUACGUGCCAUUUCAGCUCAGGUCACUAACCUCAAGCUGUUGUAGCGCAGAUGGACUCUCCCGUCGGACACAGUGCCGGCACUUUUAUACCCUUCGUUUUGUGACAUGCAGAGUCAGAGCAAAGGAAAAGAAGCUUACACAAAUGUCUGUGCCAGCCAUUUCAGAUGUGGUGCUUUGUUUGAACGGAACAGCAUUACCUCUUCACCACGCAUGACAUAUUCAAUGCACACAGCCAUGAUUUUGAGCUUAUGGAGCUGUUUGUGUAAACCUUGAGUAAUAAAAUUCACACAUGCAUGUGUCCUA